CUGUCUCUUUUCAAGAAGUUGCACAAGAUUCACCCUCCUCUCAUUCACAGCUACUCCAGUGUGCAGAGAGACAAAACAUUAGGGAAACAUGUCUGCACUUAGUAGGAAGACCAUCAACACAGCUUCAGCCCCGGCUGCUAUUGGACCUUAUAGUCAGGCGGUGGUUGCGGACAGGACCAUGUACAUCUCUGGUCAGCUGGGGCUGGAUGUCGCCUCCGGUCAGCUGGUGGGCGGAGGGGUGCAGGCCCAGGCCAGACAGGCGCUCGUCAAUAUGGGGGAGAUCCUGAAAGCUGCAGGUUGUGACUUCAGCAAUGUGGUGAAGACCACCGUGCUGCUGGCAGAUAUCAAUGACUUUAACAGUGUCAACGACGUCUACAAGACAUUUUUCAGCGGAAACUUCCCCGCCAGAGCUGCUUACCAAGUUGCUGCUCUCCCCAGAGGUGGACUGGUGGAAAUCGAGGCCGUUGCCGUGCUCGGCCCCCUCUCAGACUCCUGACUGGCCGACCCCCUCACACACAAGCUGUAGUCUAACCAUCACGUGACUUUAUAGCUCCACCAUGGAAACAAGUUUACACAUGAAAGACCAAACUUGGAUCUUGGUGAUUUAAUGUUUCCUUCUCGGUGGAACGAGGAACAAACUUCUUUGUCCACUGGUCCCUAUCCUUUUCUCUCUCCACAUUCAUGUUUAGAACAGGAAAAUCAAUGAUUACCAGUGACCAUUAGAGUAAAACCAGUUAAUAACAAGCAUUUAGAUUGCGCUGAUUUCCCACAGCACUUAACAGGUAAACCUGAGGAUGGGAGGUUGUAGCAAUAUUAAGGUCCAGCAUUCCUCGGCUAAAGCGGCCAGAUAUCAUGUCAUAUAAACUUCCUGUUUUUACGUCUUUGUUUGGUAACUCAUCUCCUUCUUGGGCCAGAACAAAGCUUACAUCAUUAUUCAAUAAAUGCAGUAAAAGCUCAAAUCCAAGUUGUUUUUCUUUUAUAAAUGCCACAUCCAUAAAAUAUAAUUAGACAUUUACCAAAAAAAGCAUUUAGAUGUAGUUUCAUUUAUUACACCAUAUCACGGCUCUAACUAUUUUUUCCCUAGAGAGAAAUGACACAUUGGAGACAAAAAACGUGCUCUCGCGUCUUUACUCUGACAUCGUGUGUGCUCAUGUGAAAUUUAUACUGCUAAUCAGCAUCAAUUGGACAAACCUUACAUCCUUGGCCUUCUUACAAACAUGGUCCA